AUGCCGCAGGCCUUCGAGUUUACUACCAGACGAGUGGUGAAAGUCAUUGGAUCAGAACUGGUAAUCCAUUGCGAGAACGACAAAUAUGAUGCAAAGUUGGGAAAUAUUUCAAGAGAGGUGCAUCGCUCAUACAAAAUACCAGCUGAUGUGGACACCAAGACCAUUCACUCAGAAUUUGACCCGAAGGGCCUGCUGAGGAUCACAGCUAAAAAGAAGAAGUAA